GAGGUCGUUUAUCUCUCUCUCUCUUUUCUUUUUUUUUUUUAAUCUUAUGUUGAUAUUUUAAAAGACCAUAACACUAAUUUUGCUUCUGGAAAGAUUCUUUUGGAGUUUAUAAGAUUUUUGUUCCUUUGUCGUACAGAGCUGUCCUUCACUGGACAGUAAACUGUAUGCAAAACUUAACUGAGUAAAUACAUGUGUAUCUUCUUCCUUUGGGCACAAGUUAUCAGUUUGUAGCAUUUAUUUCCGGUGGAAUGGCCGUACUUAGCAAAUUAAGAGAAUUAUCGCUGCCCUAUAACUGUUAUGAAGUUGGGCAUACAUGGACUCCAGACUGCUAUGAAGCAGCACUUUCUGUUGGAUUGUGUUGUUUACUUGAAGGCAUGAAACUUUAUGCACCCUUAUAUUUGAUAACUCAAAUUCUUCAAAGAAAGUUUACACUUAAAGCCUUCUGGAAUACCAUCGAGAGUACUUAUACGUCAUCAUGCUUUCUUGGUUUUAAUGCAUUCGCUUUCAUUUUUAUAUUUUGUUUAUUAAGGAGGUCUAUGGGAAAGUUUUAUUAUCUGCAUUGCUCUUACUUCCCAGCUUUUAUGGCAAGCUUUCUUGCAAUUUUAAUUGAGAAAAAAAAUAGGAGAGGUCCUUUAGCUCUUUAUGUAACUAAUGUGGCAUCAGAAACGUUAUUUCGCAUGUAUACUGCAAGGGGUAUUGUGAAGCCCAUUCCUAAUGGUGAGAUCUACCUCUUUAGUGUAAGCAUGGCAUUGUUCUUGUAUAUUGUAAGACACCACGGGUUUUCCAAAGACUUUGUAAGUGUAGGAUUCAAAUAUGUAUUCGGGAAAGAAGAAGCAAAACCUCGCCCAAAAAAAGUUGAAGAGGAUUCAGAAUCCAGUGAUUUAAUCAGAAUUCCAGUUCCUAAAAUUUUAUUGCCAUUGGAAGCUUUAGAGAGUAAAACUAAAAAAAUUUCAGAUGCAGAAGCAACUCAUUUUUUGCAAAAGCUAUGGUUUCAUACUAAGCAUACUUCAUGUAGGCAUAAUAUGAGUUGCAUGCAGUAUGUUUUAUAUGGAUUUUUACGUCCUUUUAUAAUAGGCUAUAUUGCUUUCUCAGCCAUUCGCUGUGCAUCAUUGGGAAAAAAGUUGAUGGCAAAUCCAUCAUUAAUAUUUCGUUUAUUGACAGAAAAACGAACUUUGAACUUGGGCUUAUUCUUGGGAGGUUUUGGUGGAACCUUUAGAGGAAUAAAUUGUCUUUUAAGGUGGAUAUUUAAUAGAGACCAUCCAGCCUAUGCUGUUCCAGCUGCCUUCUUGGGUGGAUUAUUUAUGAAAUUUUUUCCUAGUUCUACUUUAUCACUUUAUUUGAUGUGGAAACUUAUUGAAGUUGGUUAUGCACUUGGAAUUCAAGAAGGUGUUUUGCCAAAAAUUAGAGGUUCUAUGCUGAUGCUUUAUGCUACUUCUACUGCAGUCCUAUUUUAUGCUUCUGUUUUGGAGCCUCACAAUUUAAAACCAGCUUACCUCAAAUUCCUCCAUCGUUUAACACAAAAUAAGAUUGGAGAAAUUAAUAGACAUGUGUUGGAUAUAUUUGGCACACAUGCUUCAAGACUUUAUUCAAAUUUCUGGCCUGAUCUAGAUUUGAAAUAUACCAGUAGAGUGUUUCAGGAAAGUGUACUUUUAUGGUUAAUUCAUUAGUACAGUCUUAAGGAUGUGCAAAGAAUUUUUUUCCUUUUGUUGUUGUUGUUGUUUACAAAACCAGAUCACAAUUGUGCCUUUAUAAGCAUCUAAGAUAAUAUUUAAAAAAUGCAGUUUUAUACUUUGGCAACAUUGUAUGCUAAUUUCAAAUAGGUAUUUUUAUGACAUCUGUUGACAUAGAAAUAUAUAGUAUUAUUUUGUAUUGAGGUACUAUAUAGUCCAUUUGAAAAAUGAUGUGAUUGAGUAUUGUAAAUAGCUUUAAAUGUUAUUAAUUUAUUCAUGCAAAAAUGUAACUUAUUCUGCCAUUAUUUAUUUGAACAAUUUUAUAUGAUAUAUUGAUUUGAAAUAUAUCAGCAAGGUUGCCUGUUUUACAUUCCACUAACAUUGCACUUAUAAAUUUAUAGAAUAAUUAUUUGUUGUCAAUACAUUUUUCAAAACAGCU